CAGGCCCCAUUAAGGACCCCCCCCAAUUAACCAGGCCCCAUUAAGGACCCCCCCCCAGUUAACCAGGCCCCAUUAAGGCCCCCCCCAAUUAACCAGGCCCCAUUAAGGACCCCCCCCCAAUUAAGCAGCCCCCAUUGAGGUCCGCCAUGCGCCUCACCCCAUGCCAGGCCGCCUUGGCCUCCGCCAUCGCCCUCAACCUCCUCCUCCUCCUCCUGUCCCUCCCCCGCCUCCUCCCCGUGACCCCCCCCCCUCCCCGCUGCCGCCCCCCCCCUCCCCCCCUCCCCGCCGCCGCCCCCCAAACCCCGGGGGUCACCGUUUUACUCCGCGACUUCCAGGACUUCUCCCACGACCUCCAGGGCACCUCGCGCUCCUUCGCCUCCCUCAACGCCCCCGUCCUCAUCGCGGCCGACCUCCCCCCGUACCCCCCCGUCCCCCUCCCUCCGGGGGUCCGCUUCCUCCCCCUCCGCCGCUCCCCCCACCUCCCCCCCCCGGUCCUGGAACUCCACAUCCGCACUCCUUACGUCCUCAUCGUCCCCGACGGCGCUCGGGCCGUCCCGGCCGUCCUCCAAUCCAUGAUGGCGGCUUUGGAUACCCAAACCCACGUGGUGGCGGUCCCCGUGGGGCCGUCCCCCCUGCGCUGCGUGGGGCUCCGCGUGGACCUCCGCCGUUGGACGCUGCGCUAUGGGGCCGAGGGCGGCUGCGGGGCGGUGGAGGGGACGGCGGCGCUGCUGAUGCGCUCCGAGGACCUCUUCAACCUCUCCUACCCGACGGAGAGCCCGUCGGACACCUCCAUCUUCAUCCAGGCCUCGCUGAGGGGCUGGAAGCUCCGCGUCCUCCACCGCGGUUUCCCUUCCGCCCCGUCGCCGUUGAGUUCUCCCCACGACGUCUGGAAGGCCAAAAGCUCGACGGAUUCACGGCGCAGGAGGCUGAUGGAGGAGUUCGGCAUCAAACUGGAGGUGCUGGAGGACGGCCGGCAGCGUUGGUACGGAUGCAAUAAGGAGAGCCAGAGGUGCUUCGGCACCGUCCUCGCCCGCACCCCGCGCUACCUCCUGCAGGGCCGCUGGACCCCUCCGUGCUGCUUGAGGGCGUUGAGGGAGACGGCGAAGCACGUGGUGGAGGUCCUGGAGGGCUCCGGGGUGAGGUAUUGGUUGGAAGGGGGGUCCCUUUUGGGCGCCGUCCGAUUGCGGGACGUCAUCCCGUGGGAUUACGACGUGGAUUUGGGAGUGUACCGGGAUGACGUGGCCAAAUGUCCGUGGCUGAGAGAGGCUCAAAAAGGCCCCGUGGAGGACGAGGAGGGCUUCGUGUGGGAGACGGCGGCCGAAGGGGGUUUCUUCCGCGUGCAUUACAGCCGCAGCAACCGCCUGCACGUCGACCUGUGGCCCUUCUUCCCCCGCGCCGGGGUGAUGACCAAGGACACGUGGUUGGGUCACCCGCAGGACGUCGAGUUCCCCGAGCGUUUCCUCCUCCCCACCGUACCGCUGCCCUUCGCCGGCUUCACUGCCAUGGGGCCCAACAACCCCCGCCAGUUCCUGGAGCUGAAAUUCGGGCCGGGGGCCGUCGAGGAGCCGCAGUACCCCAACCCCGCCGUCCUGCGGCUGCGACGCGAGGAGAUGACCCAAUAAAGUCCUGCGGCGGCUC